AAUUCUCACUAUCUCAAUAAUACAAACUCACAUCUCCUCUGCAAAUAGCCAAACCGCUUGAGAGAGAAAUUAGCCUUAAUCAAAUGGCAGCCAAACACAUCCUAUCCAAUUUAGCAAUCGUCCUAUGCUUCUCCAUUUUUGCUUUAUUCGCCACCGCUGAUGAUAAUGAAUGUGUAUACACAGUGUAUGUAAGAACAAGCAACGCCAUCAGCGGCGGAACAGACGCCAAAAUCAGCGUAGCAUUUUACGAUGAUACAGGCUACGGGGUACUUGUAAAAGACCUACAGGCCUGGGGUGGGCUGAUGGGGAAAGACCACGACUACUACGAGCGAGGCAACCUCGACAUCUUUUCGGGCCGUGGACCGUGCCUGAGCAAACCGGUUUGCUCCAUGGAGCUUACCUCUGAUGGAUCAGCUGGAAGUCACCACAGCCACGACUGGUACUGUAACUACGUGGAGGUCACCACCACUGGGCCCCACAUUGACUGUGCUCAACAGUUGUUCACUGUUGAACAGUGGCUUUCACUUGAUAGGUCUCCAAACGAACUUACUGCUGUUAGGGACAACUGUAACUACUCUGAUGGACUUAAACGACGUCGUCCACUUCUUCCUGUUGAAACCCUUCUUGCAGCUUCCGCAGCAGCUAAGCAGCUUCCUCUUCAAUCUAUCAUUCCUAGAUCUCAAUUUUAAUAAUUAUAAUUGUAUAAUUAUUAAAUUAAUGUUGUUUGGAACGGAGUAGGUGAGUGGAUAUUUCUUUGAUCUUUGAAUCUUUGAUGAUGCAUUAUUACUUUCCAUGUGGGCUGAUGAAUGUAUACUUUCUUACUUUUUGGAAGUAUUUUGUGGAGUUUUCUAUGAUUACUUAAAUAAUGAAUGCAUCAACGUAACGGAGUAAUAUUUUAUCUUA